UGGGUAUUUCAAAAUUAUUUUUUUUUAUUAUGUCACAAAAAAAGAACUAAAACACGCAUUUUGUUAUAUUUGUUAUUUUUAUUACUUAUUUGUUUCAAAGUGAAAAUGCAACGGCGUACAAAGAACACUGCAGAUGCCAAAAGAAUUCAAUCACUCAAGGCCUUGUUCAAAAAAGUGGUUCGCAUAAUGAGCCUAAACAAUCCGUGGAAAGAAAACGAAGACGAUCUAAGGAUAUCUUCAAACGUCAUGAGGAAUUUGCCUACGAGAGGGCGGACAAAGUCUAAGUCGGGAUUCCUAACUGCAGCGGAUAAAUCUUUGAUUCGAACACCGCACGUGAUUCGAACAAUUCCGGAAAGAAUGAAGUUAUGCCAACUGUUUGCUAAGUUGACGUGUUUGGCAGGCUUCAGUCCGAAAAUUCGAGCUCGAUUAGUUCCUGUGGUCCGUUUGAUGCCCGUCGAUGCUGGUCGCAUUAUCAUUAGGCAAUCGGAUGCGCCCAUAACCGUGUUUUUUGUGCUUACGGGGCAAGUACAUAUGAUAAAACACGAUGAUAACCAGAAGGGAGAAGGAGUGGUCAUGGGCUUUCUGGGUGCUGGAGAUAUGAUGGGCCAUGUGGAGCUCUUAGAAGGCAUCAAGCGAACUCACACGUUCAGAGCAGCAACCUACUGCGAACUGCUCGUCCUGUUCGACUAUGAUUUUGCACCGAUUCUGGGGGCCUACAUGACCAAGAUUUGGGACGAGAAGAAGCGGGCCCUCAAGGCGCUGGACUACUUUGAUUUCCUCGAUGAGGAUCAGAUCGUGGAAGCUUGUCGAUAUGGGAGGCUAAAGCAGUUCGACCCACUGGAUACCAUAUUCUGUGAGGAUAUAGGAUCCAUGACCAAUGUCCACUUCGUGCUCAGUGGCGAAUGUCUGAUACUGCAGUGUCUGAAUAUAAGGGUUUCCAUGAAAAGGGGGAAAAAGGUAUAUGAACUCUUGCCGGCGUCUGUAGGUGAUGUGUCGACAAUGUUUAGAAAAGCCGUCAGAUCCACAUUUUCCACCCCAAGUAUGGAUGAUCGGUCAAAAAUAGAUAUUCUCGAUCUUGUGGCAAGUUCGAGUUCCGGUUCCAGUGAUGAUUCGCAAAAAAGUGCUAUUAAUCGCAAGAUGCGAAAAAUGGACUUAAGAGAUAUACAGAAAAGAUGCGGCAUGAUCAAAUCACCGCCACCCAAGCCGCGUUUUACUUGGCGCCGCUCGAUUCGAAAGUCAACGAUGUCCAUGUUUUCGCCCAGUGAAAAUAAGUAUAUUAGUGAAGAUAUAUAUGAGGAUUUUUGGGAAAUGUGCGAGAAUGAAAGUGAUAGCGAUUCAUAUUCGUCGGACUCUGAUUUAGGCAUGGACAUGGAGUUUAAGCAAUCCUUCCGCUUUGGUCCUGUAUUAAAUGGUUUUGCGGGAAAUGAUUACGAUGAAAGAAGCUAUGUUUUAUCCUCGUCCCUAUCUAGUUUAUCCUCGAGCAGUGUUGAUUCAUCCACACCCACAUUUGAAAGCCACUUCAUCGAUGUGGGUACCAUAACUUUUGGAGGAAUUUUCGGCUUGGGCGAGAAAAUGGAAAAUCGCGUGAUAAUGGCAAGGAAUACGGUACAAUGCCUGAUACUGCCCAGGUUUUUCCUGUUAGAGAAGAAACAAAAUCCCGGCAAUGUCUGGGAGCGCAGACUGCUGUACGUGGAUGUCAUGAUUCCAUCCAGAGAAGCCCUUUUUGCCCACUAUCGCAAAGCUUGUGACUGGAAGAAGUUCAAGAACGACCUCAUUUCCGAGACCUUGAAGCCCUCCGAUAAUGCCGACACACACAUUGAAGACGUUCCCAUAAUUUGCAGAAUUGUAGAAUCACCGGAGGAUCUCAAUUAGUUGUGGAGAAUAAAUUGUUUAUAAAGGGGCGUUUUUGUGCUUUUCAGUUGAAUCAAAAGUAGCUGUUACUUAUAACAUUUUGGUUCAACUGAAAAAUGUAAAAACUCCCCUGAUAGAUUCAA